AGUAAAUACCUAUUGAAUUGUGACAGAAAUGGUGGUACAUGAAGACAAUAAGCUAAGAAACCUUAAGAGAGCACUGUAUGGGUGCUGUGCUGUCGCUCUAAUCUCGAUGGUGGUGGUCAUGUCGCUGAGUUUAAUCGAGCUCAGUUCACGAGAUAUCAACACCUCCUACAACGCAUCUACUAUUAAAACAGCUAGAGCAAUUGUCAUUACGGUAGGAGUGGCCGCUAUAUUAAUCCAAAUCGUGGGAAUCUUAGGCGCUUACAAACAAAGCAAUUGGAUGGCCAUUGCGUACAGUGUUAUCUCUAGCAUACUGUCCGGUCUGUGUAUCGUAGAGGCGAUUCUGGCCACCGAUUUCUUCUGCUAUUAUCUGGUGGUGAUAUUCUUCGUGAGCAGUAGUGUUGGCUCGAUGUACGCAAAACACUUACGCAAACUUAAGAAACAGGCCAUAAACGCGAUGUUUGGUGAGCCGAUGCCCGGCCAACACAAUAUUGUGUACCAAAUCCCUGGUAACGGGUAUCCAAACUAUACGGGCCAACAGCUUAAUUUUGUGAGGCCAGAUCAAUUACGGGCCAACGGGCACAUGUAUAUGACCAGUUCGUUUACAAAUGCGGUGCCAUAUCAAUCGCCGAUGGGAAACGGUUACUCAGAUGGUCUGGGCGAUCAUUUAUAUGUCCAGCCACCUAGCUAUAUCCAAAGUCAGGCCGCAGCUGCCAUGGCCACUGACGAUCACCAAGCUCCUUUUCAAACAUCUGGCUUGUCCAUUGCGUCAAAUAUACACGCGCCCACUACAGCGGACGUUAGGCUCGUGCGGCUGACCAAAGCCAUGUAUUCAUGGUGUACGGCGUGUCUCAUCAUCGCACCCAUAGUGAUGGCCAUUAAAAUAAGCGCAUUGAGUGAUACUUAUGUCUCUUAUGAAUACUACAUUGGAUCGAAAGAAUUGGACCGUGCUCUUGUCAUAACCCUUGGCGUGUUAACAAUAGUGUCCCAAUUCCUUGGCUACGCCGCCGCGUACAAGCAAUCCAAUUGGAUGGCCGUCACGUACGGCGUGAUUGCGGGAGGACUGGCCGGCGGGUCCGUCACAUACGCCAUACUCUUCUACUAUUUAGCGCUACUCCUCACUGUCUCGUUGUUUAUCAGCGGUUUUGUCGCCUCCUUUUACGCCAAACAUAUCCGUCGACUCGAGAAACAGGCCCUAAACCCCACGGUCUACAUCACGGGUAUGCCCGGCCAGCCUAAUAUGAUGUACCAGGGACAGUUCAACUAUGGCGGACAACCAGCCUACGCUAUGGGAGCGGACGGACAGUUUUACGCCACCAAUGCCUAUCAGCCCCAACAGACUCAGGCGUAUCCGCCGCCCACUGCUCAACCGCCCGGUUAUAGUCAGUCACAGCAACAAUCGCUGCCGUUUGCCGCCCCUGACCAACAGACAGCGCCCGGAACUAUAGCCUCACACAAAACAAUGCCACCCGCGGCCGGAUGGCAGUCAUAG